GGCAGCACAAUUCAGUCCCAUAAAUGUGAAAUAUUGAUGUUAAUGUAUAGUAGCUAAACGUAUGAUGUGUAUUGACUCUCUUCACUAAAUUAUUCAUUGAUGGUCUUUGUUAAAAAUGGCCGCAGGCAUGCAUGCUUUGCUUUUGCAGCAAUUGCCUACGGUAUGUCUUAUGGUGGGAAGCUCUGUCUUUCUGUCAUUGCCACAUGCAGGGACAAUAUAAUGUGUAAAUGGUGUCUGUGCUUUGCAUGUAGAUGCUGACUGUGUGAACAAAUGAACGUGCGUGCGUGUGUGUGUAAGCUAGGAGGGAGGCUCAGGCAGAUGUGUGAUGGCUAAUGCUGUCUGAGAGCAGCUGGGCAGGGCGAAUAGACAAGCAAUAACACAAUGACAUCACCAAGAGAGAGAGAGAGAGAGAGAGUGGGGGAGCAUGUGAGCGAGCCAGAGAAAGGGAGAAGGCUGGAGCAGGCCAGCUCAGAUGCAGAGAGGCUAGAGAGUGAAAUGAGCCUGUGUGAGUGGGAGAGGACCAUACAGCCCUCACUCAACAGGGGAUACAGCUAUUUCCGGAAGAUUUAGCAGAUUUUGUCCCGCUCUUCCAUUGCACCUCUCCCCCUCCCCCUUUCCCCUUCCCCUCAUCCUCUGUCAGCCCCUCUCAGCCUCUGCUUCAGGCUGCUCCUCCGGGCAUGCUACUUAAGCCAAAGUAUGGCCGCUUUCGCAACGACUCUGUGACCUCCUCCGACGACCUGAUGCAGAGCUUAGCUAUGAGCGGCAAAGUGGUGGCCACCCCGGUGGUCCUCUCCUCCAUCCCCAGCCUGCCGCUGCCCCCCCUGCCUCCUCUGGAGUCCAUCCCCCGGUCCUCCUCCGCAGCCCCUGCUCUGGCCGACUCCCCCUGCCUGGACGGGGAGCAGGACGCCACCACCACUUUUUGCAUGCUCAUCCCCAGGAUGCCUCAGUGGAAGUUCUCUAACUCGCUGCUCAGCAGGAGCCCCUCCAACUCCAGCUCCAGCAAGGACUCGGGCAAAGCUGCAGCCCCCUCAUCGCAGGGCUCGCACAGCCCCAGUGGAACUUCUGCCCCCAACGGUCCCAUGGCCAGUCUGGCUUCUGUUUUGAACUCCUGUGACCCUGUGUGUGUCAACCCCUGUUCCCUACAGGCCAUCAGCAAGCACAGAUCUGCAGCGGGCUCAGCCAGUCCAGGCGGCCACAGCGCAGGCGCUGCAGAGUGCACAGGGAGCCCCGGGGGCCACAGCGGAUCCAGGACGGGGAUGAACCGCAGGACAAGGGUGGAUGGCAUGUGGCUGGGAGGGGAGGACUUCAACCAGAAGGGCAGCUUCAUCCACAAGCCCUCCCAGGGCUGGCUGCACCCAGACAAGAAGAUCACAGGCCCUGGGGCUUCCUACAUAGUCAGGUACAUGGGCUGCAUUGAGGUGUUAAAGUCGAUGCGAUCGCUGGACUUCAACACUCGGACCCAGGUGACGAGGGAGGCAAUCAACAGACUGUGUGAAGCUGUGCCUGGGGGUAAAGGGGCCUGGAGGAGGAAGAACAUUAACAAGGCCCUGCAGUCCGUCAUGGGGAAGAGUAACCUUCGCUUCGCUGGUAUGAGCAUCGCUGUCAACAUCUCUAUAGAGGGUCUCAGCUUGCUCAUCCCCACCACACGACAGGUGAUAGCACACCAUCCCAUGCAGUCCAUCUCCUUUGCCUCUGGGGGAGACACGGACACGCCCGAUUAUGUUGCUUAUGUGGCCAAAGAUCCAGUCAAUCAGAGAGCAUGCCAUAUCCUGGAGUGUUGUGACGGUUUAGCUCAGAAUGUCAUCAGCACCAUCGGGCAGGCCUUCGAACUGCAGUUUAAACAGUACCUCCACAGCCCUCCCAAAGCCAUCCCCACCGUGGAAAGGAACAUCAGGACAGAAGACUCAGCGUGGGGAGAUGACGAGGACUCGUUGGAGCACGACUACUACAACAGCAUCCCUGGGAAGGUGCCUCCUUUUGGGGGAGUGGUGGACUCAAGGCUGAAACCUUGUACGGCCUUGCUGGGCCACAUCCACAGCCAACCAGAGAGCAAGGCAGUGCAGAUGGGUUCUCCAUCCAGGAGAGAGACAGCUUCCUGCCCUUCAGGUCAGCUGUGCUACGAGCUUCACUGGGAUACUGAAAACAACGGCAGCUCAGGUCUGACAUCAGAUGGUUACCAGCGGGCAGACGGACAGAUUCCGGGGAGCAGGGACUAUGAGGAGCACCUAUAUGUGAACACCCAGAGUCUGGAGGGAUUGGAGCAGGGAGCAGAGGGCCACAGGGGGGCCAGGGGGCCAGACAGCCCCAUGAAAGACAUCUUUGACAUGAGACCCUUUGAGGAUGCUCUAAAGAUGCACGAGGCUGGUGGUGUCAGUGGUAACGGUGGGGUGUGUGUUUUGAAGAACCAGUGGCCCAGCCCGCCCCGACGUCGUGCCCCUGUCGCCCCUACAGAGGAGCAGCUCCGGCGGGAGGCCUGGUACCACGGUCGUAUGAGUCGCCGUGAUGCUGAGAAACUGCUGGUCCGAGACGGGGACUUCCUGGUACGAGACAGUGCCACCAACCCAGGCCAGUAUGUCCUGACAGGCAUGCACUGUGGUCUGCCCAAACACCUGCUACUGGUGGACCCAGAGGGAGUGCCUACUCCUCCUCGUCACUGUCAGGUACGCACCAAAGACAUGCUGUUUGAGAGCAUUAGUCACCUGAUCAGCUACCACCUGAAGAACGAGCUGCCCAUCGUGGCAGCCGAGAGCGAGCUGCACCUCAAACAGGUGGUCCGGAGGAAACAGUGACCCAGCCAGCCACAGAGGGGAUGACUUUCUGGAAUGGAGUCAGAGGUGUGUCCAUGUAAGCCCAAGGGUGGAAGAUCUUCACUGCCAUAUCCAUAUCCCCAGAAUCAGAGCUUUCACUGGGGUAGGAGGACACAGGCGACUCCCUUUUCCCAGGACACAGGAGCAUUGCUACAGUACUUGGCUUCCUCCCGCAGUGCCAACAACUGUCCACCAUUUCCGCCUGAACUCUCAGCAUGCAGUCAUUAAGCUAACAAACACCUGGAUGCCUCAGAAAGGGAGGUAACAGACCAGACAAUCACAAGGAUGGAAUUCUAGGUCAGAGGUCACAGAUGGUCCGAGGUCAGAUGACAUCACACAGUGACAAACAGUAGUUGUUCCAUAGGAAAUGAUUAUUUUCGAGUGCAUGAUGAUGUUGCAGCUCAUACUGAAUUUCAAACUGCUGUAGUCAUGCACAGUCCCAGAAUGAUUUGGGUUCCCUGUGUCUUUCACUGAACAAAUGUGAACAUUCAUAGACAAAAACAUUGUAAAUGAUAUGUAAGAAAAUCCUGGCAGAAAAACAUCACUCAAUUGUUUCAUCAUGAAGUAGCAACUGCACCUUCAUGAGAUGUAUUCAUAUGUAGUCUCAGGACCAAAUUCUGCAGGCUUUAAAUAUCUGAUAGCAUAUGCUUUAGAGAUACAGUACUAACCAGACACAAACCUAAAAAAUGUGUCUGUCCCUCUGUCUCCUCAAUAUCCACAAGACUACAUAACACAAAAUACAUGGGCAGAACUCUGAAUAUCAAUGUGAUUGUUCAAUUAUAACCACAUACUUGUCAAAGUGUUUGUAUCGGACAGUUGGCUCGUCAUUGAAUACCUACCCGAGUCGUGUAUUAUCAAGCCUACUGUAUGAAGAGAGCACUGGUCAGAGCCUGUACUCUCAGAAGGCAGACUACAGUACCACACAUGACUCAGUGUAUAUAUAAUGAACAUCUCCUCAGUUCAGUGCCUUAAUUGUCCAUGUGUUUCAUAUCUUUCCUCUCAAAUCGCUUGUACAGUGUCAUACAUUCUACAUCUACCACCGAAGAAAUACAGUAGUGUGGAAUGUAUGUAUGCCCUGAGAGCAAAUUACACAUUUUCUUGCCAUGCCAAACCAUACUUUAAUCAAUGAAUAGAGUGGACUGAAAGAAAUCACCCAUUUUUAUUGUGAAACUUUCUAUAAGCUGCUGAUUAAUGGGGGGGGGAUACUGUAUACUGUAGCACCUCCCACAGUGUGUUCUGAUUGGUUGUCCUAUUAUGUGCUUCCUGUUCUAUUGUACGAGUCCUCCAAUCAAUAAUCUUUGCAGGCAUGGGCCCUAACUGAUUUGAUCAGGAUUCUGUGUUAAUGGCAACAUGUUUGAUCAAUCAAUAGGGGAUCCUUUGGUCUCUGCUGUAUCUUUCUCUCAAAGAAGAAAGAGAGGACAUUGCUUUCUGUGAUGUUAGUAUACUUUAUGCAACUUUUCUAAAAGGACCCCUUUGCUUCCUCAGGGCUUUCUGGUAUCUACUCUUCUUUAAACUAAAUGCAUUUUUGCAAUAAAAUAUGUCAAAAUUAAGGUUAUUCAAAUGUGCCUGAUUUAGGGCUGACCUCAAUUAGUCAACUGGUUGAUGUUUGGUCGUUAGGCUGUUGGUCGACCAAUAAUGUUUUAGACGAUCAAGGAUCUCUGUACUUUGCUCCGUUCAUCUUUCCCUCGAUCCUGACUAGUCUUCCUGUCGCUGAAAAACAUCCCCACAGCAUGAUGCUGCCACCACCAUGCUUCACUGUAGGCAUGGCCUUUCUCAUGGUCUGAGAGUCCUUUAUGUGCCUUUUGGCAAACUCCAUGCAGACUGUCAUGUACCCUUUCACUGAGGAGUGGCUUCCGUCUGGCCACUUUACCAUAAAGGUCUGAUUCGUAGAGUGCUGCAGAGAUGGGAGAACCUACCAGAAGGACAACUAUCUCCCCAGAGGAACUCUGGAGCUCUGUUAGAGUAACCAUCGGGUUCUUGGUCACCUCCCUGACCAAGGCCCUUCUCCCCCGAUGGCUCAGUUUGGCCUGGCCUCUAGAAAGCGUCUUGGCGGUUCCAAACGUCUUCUAUUUAAGAAUGAUUGAGACCACUGUGUUCUUGGGGACCUUCAAUGCUGCAGAAAUGUUUUGAUACCCUUCCCUAUAUCUGUGCCUCAACACAAUCCUGUCUCAGAGCUCUACAGACAAUUCCUUCAACCUCAUGACUUUUUUCUCUGACAUGCACUGUCAACUGUAGGACCUUAUGUAGACAGAUGUGUGCCUUUCCAAAUAAUGUUCAAUCAAUUGAAUUUACCAUAGGAUGACUCCAAGUUGUGGAAACAAUGGAAACGGGAUGCACCUGAGCUCAAUUUCGAGCCUCAUAGCAAAGGGUCUGAAUACUUAUGUAAAUAAGGUAUUUCUGUUUUUUUAUAUAGAUUUGCAAACAUUUCUAACAACCUGUUUUUUCUUUGCAAUUAUGGGGUAUUGUGUGUAGAUUGAUGAGGAAAAUAUUUUAUUUAAUCAAUUUUAGAAUAAGAUUGUAAUGCAGCCUCCAGAGGCAUCGCCAUGCGCCUCCCACAUUUUGUAACAAUGCGGAGGGGUCUGUAUAGCUCAGCAUUGACAUGCUUAGUUGAUGGUAGGUGGGAGAGGUACAUACUGUAUAAACACAAACUCACUUCCUUGACAACAGCUCUGCACUACGGCCAUAUCCGUAAAUGCCAUAAAUGCGCCCAGAUGCACAAUGCACUUCUCACUCCAGAAUGCGCGCUCUCCUGCCAAUUUGUGCACGUUCCUUGUUUCAUAACUUAAUUGUGUGAAUUGUUUGCAUUUCAUUGUUAUUGUAUAUCAAUUCCCCAUUACAUAUAUCACCAGUAGUACAUUUACCAUUAAUUCCGAUAAUGUCCAUGUUUAUGCAUUCAAUAUUAUUAUUCCAAUGUUCCUGUUCUCAUUCUCGGAGUAGACACAUUGUUUGCAGAGUGCACAACCUAUGCUACACCUGUGAGACAAAAGUUUUGUUUUGUUUAAAUCCAUUUAGGCGUUCUGUCAAUUUAGUCAUUGUCUUUUGUUUAGAGCGCCCUUGUCAAUGUUGAGUAAGUAGGCCCAUAGGCUACCUGACCUGUGCGCAAACCUAGUCAUAUAAAUGUGCCCAUUGGGGAUCUGAUUGGCUUAACGCACCACCACUAAUGAAUGACCUGUGGAGUUUCUCUGUUUUCUUUACCUCAAACAGCAAGAAACGAAGCCUGUUUUUAUAUCCAUUGAGAACGACAAUACUUUGUUCCUCAAUGUAUCUGAAAAAUCUUUCCAGCUCUCUCCCUUUCGAUAACCACUCAAAUGUCAUGCUCUGAUCCAGUGGAAACAUAAUACAAUAGGCUUCUUAUCAGUGCCUGGCUUGACUUGGACUGAAAUAUGUUCCGGUACUCGUUUUGGGUGCUGGUACUGUUUAUAUUUAGGUUCAGGAACUGCACAAUACUUUUGAGCUGCUAAUAUUCUUUAAGGGGAACAGGAGCUUAAACAGUAGAACAUUUGAGGUGCUGGUAUUCAGCUCCGUUGAGGUCUUGUCAUGGACCGGCUCAUCUCCCGUAACAAAGAGGCAACAACAAAAAUAUAUUUACUAACUAAAGUAAACUAUAAACAAGUAACAAUAGUGUGUGUAGUCAGUAAUCAGUAGUGUGAGUGAAUGGUUGCAAAAUAAAAUGAAUUAAUUAAUUAAAAGUGAAAGAAGUGAGUGGUUGCGUGCAUAGAUGGUGAUAAUGACAGGUCUUGAGAGGUGCCAAAACAAACAAACCAAAAAUGGACCGAGGUAAAAAGAGUUUCAGGAUGGAUAUUCGCGCUUUCAAACCAUUUCAGCCACAGACUCCAAAUAAGUGUCAUGGUGUUGCGCACAACAUUGUACAGGUCUUAUUUUCACGAUUUGGACCUUAAUUCGCGUUAAAAAGCUAAUAAACAUGUGGAAAUGUAAGCGGUAUUUUGUAUCCUGUUGAAUUAGUUAGGGAGCGUAAACAAGGUACAAACUUUUUUUUACGUUUGAAUUUCAAUAGCUCCUUGGUCAUGUGACCAACUGACCUCAUAGAAAGUUCAGAAUGUCCACCGACUACCCUUCUAUAUUGCACACCUUUUAGUUUGUCCAUUUUCAUCUCAAGAUUUUACAUUAAUUUUUCAAACUUUCAAAUUUAAAUAGCUCCUUGGUCAUGUGACCAACUGACUUCAAACAAGGUUCAGAAUGUACAAGCAGCAUGCCAACACAUUGCACACCCUUUAUUUUUUCCAUUUUAAUUUCACACGUUUUUACAUAAACAUUUUUAACUUUCUAGUUUCAAUAGCUCCUUGGUCAUGUAACACUCAGUGGUCCUUCACACUGCACACCUGUCUGUCCAUUUUCAUCUCACGCAAUUUUACAUGAAUUUUCUGUUUUUCAAUUACUCUAAUUUCAAUAGCUCCUUAGUCAUGUGACCUACUGACCUCAAAGAAGGUUCAGAAUGUCCACUAAUUGCCCCUCUAUAUUGCACAUCUUUUAGUUUGUCCAUUGACUGUACAUUCUGACCAAAAGAGCUAUUGAAAUGUGAAAGUUUGAAAAAUUAAUGUAAAAACAUGAGAUGAAAAUGGACAAACUAAAAGGUGUGGAAUAUAGAAGGGUAGUCAGUGGACAUUCUGAACCUGGUUUAAAUCUAGUAGGUAACAUGACCAAAUAGCUAUUGAAAUUAGAAUGUUUACAAAAUUCGUGUGAAAUCAUGUGGGAUGAAAAUGGACAAACUAAAGCGUGUGCAAUAUGUAGGCCCACUGAGUGUACAUUCUGAACCUUGUCUGAGUCCAGUAGGUCAAAUGACCAAGGAGCUAUUGAAAUUAGAAAGUUAAAAAAUGUAGUGUAAAAACCUGUGAGAUGAAAAUGGACAAACUAAAGGAUGUGCAAUAUAUAGGGGUAGUUAGUGGACAUUCUGAACUUUGUUUGAGGUCAGUAGGUCACAUGACCAAGGCGCUGUUAAAAUUAGAAACAUUGAAAAAUCAUGUCAAAUUGUGUGAGAUGACAAUGGACAAACUAAAGGGUGUGUAAUGUGUGUUGGACCCAAUCCACAGCACUCUCCCUUCAUCUGGAUUUAUUAGGAAAUUCGGCUAAUGGAUGUCAGGCUUUAUGGGAGCACAUGUCAGCCCCCACCGAUAUCCCUGGCCUAGCCUAAAACAGAGGAAAUCGAUGAAAAGCUUCUGCAUGUUAGUCCUAUCACUUUUGAGCUUUUAGUAUUUAUUUAUCCAAUAAAUAAACAUCUAAACAAGGA